AUGCUUCUCCAGAGAUCGUGGGCGUUGCUGCUUGCCCUGCUGGGAUGCGCGUCCGGCGCCGCCAUCCCGAGCAACGACGGCUUCCCGUCGCCCAGCACGCAGCAGCAGCUCUCCAUCGCCAAAGACGCCGGCGGCCUGCUCCCCAACGUGCCGCUGCCGACCAAGCUGGGCCCGGGCAGCAAGACGACGUUUCAGCUCAUUGCGUUCAACGAGCUCUUCGAGGUGGCCUUUUUCGACUCGCUGCUGCAGAACAUUACGCAAGGCGUCGAGGGCUACAAGAUCAAGGCGCACAAGGAAAAGAUUACCAAGAUUGUGACUACUGUGCGAGCGCAAGAGGAGCAACACGCCAUUGCCGCCGACGCGGCCCUCAAGACGGCCGGUGAGUUCUCGCCGCCCGCCUGCCAGUACCAGUUCCCCACCACCGACCUAGCCGGCGCCAUCCGUCUCGCCGAGACAUUCACGGCCAUUGUGCUCGGCGCCCUGCAAGGCGCCAACGUUGUCUUUGCGCGCGAAAACCAGACGGUGCCGAUCCAGCUCAUCUCCUCCGUCAUCGGGCAAGAGGGCGAGCAGAACGGCUUCUACCGGCACCUGAUCAGGCAGGUGCCGUCCGAGUCGCCGUUCCUGACCGCCGUGCCCGCCGCCUUUGCCUUUUCGGCGCUGCAGCUCUUUGUCGUGCCCGGGUCGUGCCCGUUUCCGCUGAGCGACAUUGACCUGCCCGUGCUGCCGGCGCUCGCCGUCAACGGCGGCCCGGUGGCGGUCAUUGAGCCCAAGGACCAGCGCCUCUCCUUUUCGGCCGACCUGACCGGCGCCAAGGACUGCGAGAAGCAUGUCGGGGCCGACGGCGCGAAGCUCUGGCUCACGUACACAACGGGCCAGCAGAAGCCUAUUUCGGUGUCCAUUGACAAUGUCAAGUGGAGCGGCAAACAAAUUUCGUUUGACGCCGAUUUUCCGUUUGAGAAGAAUGUCAUGGUCGGCUUUAGCCACGCGGCGCUGACCUCUGCAAGGGACUUUAAGACUGUUGAUGACAUCGUUUGCGCGACGGUUGCGGCUCCUGCAAUCAUUCAGGUGGAAAAUUCUUCGGAUUGCAAAAAGCUGGCUGACGACAUUUAA